UAGGUUCCAGUGGACGGCAGUGGUUCAGACAGACAGACGGACAGACAGACAGUGGAGGAGAGAGCUGUAUGAAUGGACACAGAGGGAGGAGAGGAGCCCCGGUUACCUAACUAAAGCCCGGAAAGACAACAGCCAGUCCUGCUGAAGGAUUAGCUCCUGGUCCGUGCUAACAUGGCCCUGCCCUCUGUCAUGGUGUUGCCCCUGCUGAUAGUCGUGGCGGCGGGGGUGUACUACAUCUACAACGAGGUCACGCAGUUUAUGUCCAAGUCCUUGGUGCGAAACAAAGUGGUGGUGAUCACCGAUGCCGUGUCCGGGGUGGGCACUGAGUGUGCCCAUCUCUUCCAUAAGGGCGGUGCCAGACUGAUCCUGUGUGGGACCAGCUGGGAUAAACUGGAGUCUCUGUACGACUCUCUGACUCAUGAUGCUGACCCCAGAGAGACAUUUGCCCCAAAACUAGUGAUCCUGGACUUUAGUGAUAUGGACAGCGUGGAGGACGUGGUGUCUGAGGUGUUGGAGUGUUAUGGCUGUGUGGACGUGCUGAUCUGUAACAGCAGCGUGAAGCUGAAGGCCCCCGUACAGAGCGUCUCCCUGGAACUGGACAGAAACAUCAUGGACAUCAACUACUUUGGUCCCAGCACUCUGGCCAAAGGCGUUCUUCCAACCAUGAUCUCAAGACGAUCGGGGCACAUUGUGCUGGUGAACAGCAUCCAGGGCAGACUGGCUAUCCCAUUCAGAAGUUCAUAUGCCGCAUCGAAGCAUGCAGCGCAGGCCUUCUUCGACUGCCUGCGGGCGGAAGUGGAGGAGUAUGGGAUAGUUGUCAGUACCAUAAGUCACACCUUCAUCAACGCCUCCGAUCCGCCACCUGUCGAGGAGCCUGAGCCUAAACCCAACGCCCUGGCUGCAUUUAUCGCCAGCCAGCUGACCCACGGAGUGCGCCCGUCCGUCCUGGCCAAUGAGAUUAUGCAAACAGUGAACAGGAAGAGGAAGGAGGUCGUGCUGGCCCACCCCAUCCCCAGGGUGGCCCUCUACCUCCGCUCCCUCUUCCCCCCCAUCUGGCCGCCGGAGUGAAGGACUCAGUGCUCGCCGAGCAGAUGUAGGAGAAUCAGAGAGAAGUGAAAUAAAAGCAUGAGUUGUUUGGAAAUGGUAGAGCUGUGAUCGUUGGUGUUUGGUGUGAAGCUGGACGACCAACAGGGCAGAGCAGAAACAAACUGCUCCUGGACACUAAAACUCUGUGGGUUUAUCACUAUGAGAAAAUCAUGUGAGCUUUUAUUAAUACUCAUAUUGGUCAAAUAUUGAUUAUAUAAUGAUUAAUACUGACACUGUCAUAGAUGUGCUGAUUCAGUUAUGUGAUUUCCAGUCAGUACAACACCUUUAACUAUGACCUCAAAAAUAAACAAUGUCAAUAAAAACUCAACAUUUUAAAUUUCGUAAAGGUGGAAUUUCUGGCAGCGCUGUCGUGUCAGAUUACAGAGCUGUACCUAAUAAAAAUAAAAUGAGAAGA